AUGAAGAGGUUACGGCCGGCACGAUGGAGCGGGCAAUUGCUCCAAGCUCGCGCUGGAGCUUGCCCGGCUGCCGCCCCUAGACGACAGCCCUUCCUCGUCCACGCCGUCCGGUGCCAGUCCUCGUCCGCCGCCGCGGAGCAUCACGCGUCUACAGCCGAAGCCGAGGACGCGGCAAGGAUACCGCUUCCCUCUCCGCCGCACCAUCGGGCCGCCGAGUCGGCCAAGCUCGCCGCAAUGCACGCCCGCCUCUCGCUCUCCAAGAAGGUUCCCCUCGAGACGCUCGCCCGCUCCCUCGUCACCCCAUCCGCCGACCCCAGCGCGAACUUCAACAACUCGAACCUCGCCUUCCUCGGUAGCACGCUCAUCAACUACCACGUGCUCGAGUACCUCGUCUGCAAGUGGCCGCGCCUGCCCAUGGCCAUCCUGUACGAGGCCCUGCGCGCCUACGCCGGCCCUAAGUCACUGCAGCAGGUCGCCCGCCGAUGGGGCGUCGAGGCCGCCGCCGCGCCUGGCGAGGAAGUCGACCCUGGCUUGCUACAAUGGACGCCGCAUGCCGCCGACCAGCCCGUGGUAAACACCCGGUGGGGCUAUGUGCGGUCCGAGGCGCAGAGGAAUGCCGAGUACCGCCGCGGCAUCAGCAGCCGGGUCGUCCUUGACGAUGACUUUGGUGACGCUCUGGCCAAGCCCGCAAAGGAGGGAGAAGGUGCCGCGGAGAGCAGCCAACACCUCCAGGACGAGGCCUUUGCCUCAUUCGUCCAGUCCGUCGUCGGGUCGAUAUACACCCACUGCGGUCGCGAGGCCGCCAAGGCGUUUGUGACAUCACACAUCCUGUCCCGGCAGGUUGACCCGUCGGUGCUCUUCGAGUUCAAACUGCCGACGCGUGAGCUCGCCAUGCUGUGCGCGCGCGAGGGCUUCGAGGCGCCACUGGCCCGCCUGGAGAGCGAGACUGGCCGGCUGUCGCGGACGCCCGUGUACGUGGUCGGCAUCUAUAGCGGCAAGGAGAAGUUGGGAGAGGGCGCGGGGCCGAGCCUGGACAUCGCGCGGCGAAAGGCGUCCAUGGCCGCUCUCAAGGCGUGGUACCUGUAUAGCCCUGGGAACAAGGUGCGGGUGCCGAGCGACAUGAUGGAGGAGGGCGCCAAACCGUGGAAGGCGCCGCACAUUGACAUCGGCGAGAUCAUUUAA